AUGACGUGGUGUAAGUGCCUUCUGGCGGGCGGCGGCGGCUACGACGAGUUCUGCGCGGCCGUGCGGGCCUACGACCCCGCGGCGCUCUGCGGCCUGGUCUGGACAGCCAACUUCGUGGCCUACCGCUGCCGGACCUGCGGCAUCUCCCCCUGCAUGUCGCUGUGCGCCGAGUGCUUCCACCAGGGCGACCACACCGGCCACGACUUCAACAUGUUCCGCAGCCAGGCCGGGGGCGCCUGUGACUGCGGUGACAGCAACGUGAUGCGGGAGAGCGGGUUUUGCAAAAGGCAUCAAAUUAAAUCAAGUUCAAAUAUUCCUUGUGUCCCCAAAGACUUACUGAUGAUGUCUGAAUUUGUUCUUCCAAGAUUUAUUUUUUGUCUUAUUCAGUACUUAAGAGAAGGCUAUAAUGAACCAGUAGCUGAUGUACCAUUAGAAAAAGACCUUAACAAAGUUCUUCAGCUUUUGGAACCUCAGAUUUCCUUUUUAGAAGAACUAACUAAAAUGGGAGGAGCCAUGAGGUCUGUUCUUACUCAAGUUUUGAUAAACCAACAAAACUACAAAGAUCUGACAUCUGGUUUUGUGGGUGCAACAGGAACUUUGGAACAAAUAGAUUCUUCAGAUGAGGAAGAUCAGGAUGGGAGUCAGGGUCUGGGCAAGCGCAAGAGAGUCAAACUAAGCAGUGGCACCAAAGAUCAAUCCAUAAUGGAUGUUUUGAAGCAUAAAAGUUUCCUAGAAGAACUAUUGUUUUGGACUAUAAAGUAUGAAUUUCCCCAGAAGAUGGUUACUUUCUUACUCAACAUGCUUCCAGAUCAAGAGUAUAAGGUUGCUUUUACAAAAACUUUUGUUCAGCAUUAUGCUUUCAUUAUGAAAACAUUGAAGAAAAGCCACGAAUCAGAUACAAUGUCCAACAGAAUUGUGCAUAUUAGCGUUCAGUUAUUCAGCAAUGAGGAACUGGCCAGACAGGUAACAGAAGAAUGCCAGCUGCUGGAUAUUAUGGUCACUGUGUUAUUAUACAUGAUGGAAAGUUGCCUUAUCAAAAGUGAGCUACAAGAUGAAGAAAAUAGUUUACAUGUGGUAGUGAACUGUGGAGAAGCAUUACUGAAGAAUAAUACUUAUUGGCCUCUUGUUAGUGAUUUUAUUAAUAUUCUUUCUCAUCAAAGUGUGGCUAAGAGAUUUCUGGAGGACCAUGGUUUGUUAGUUACAUGGAUGAACUUUGUGUCAUUCUUUCAAGGUAUGAAUUUGAACAAGCGAGAGCUAAAUGAGCAUGUUGAAUUUGAAUCUCAGACCUACUAUGCUGCCUUUGCUGCUGAACUUGAAGCCUGUGCACAGCCCAUGUGGGGGCUCUUAUCACAUUGUAAAGUUCGGGAAACUCAAGAAUAUACCCGAAAUGUUGUUAGAUACUGCCUUGAAGCUCUUCAAGACUGGUUUGAUGCUAUUAACUUUGUAGAUGAGCCAGCACCUAACCAAGUCACUUUCCAUCUGCCACUCCAUCGUUACUAUGCUAUGUUUUUGAGUAAGGCUGUGAAGUGCCAAGAACUAGAUUUGGAUUCUGUUUUACCAGAUCAGGAAAUGCUAAUGAAGCUCAUGAUUCACCCACUUCAAAUUCAAGCAAGUCUUGCUGAAAUCCACAGCAACAUGUGGGUCAGAAAUGGUCUGCAAAUCAAAGGGCAAGCCAUGACCUACGUGCAGUCUCAUUUCUGUAAUUCUAUGAUUGAUCCCGACAUUUACUUGUUACAGGUCUGUGCUUCUAGACUUGACCCAGAUUAUUUUAUUUCAUCUGUCUUUGAAAGAUUUAAGGUAGUGGAUUUGCUGACAAUGGCAUCGCAGCACCAAAAUACAGUACUUGAUGCGGAGCAUGAGAGAUCCAUGCUGGAAGGCGCUCUCACCUUUCUUGUGAUUCUCUUGAGUCUUCGUUUGCAUUUAGGAAUGUCUGAUGAUGAGAUUCUCAGGGCAGAGAUGGUGGCCCAAUUGUGUAUGAAUGACAGGACACAUAGUUCUUUGUUGGACCUCAUUCCAGAGAAUCCAAAUCCUAAAAGUGGCAUUAUUCCAGGCAGUUAUAGCUUUGAAUCAGUUUUAUCAGCUGUUGCUGAUUUUAAGGCUCCUGUGUUUGAACCUGGAGGUUCUAUGCAGCAAGGCAUGUAUACUCCCAAAGCUGAAGUCUGGGAUCAGGAAUUUGACCCCGUCAUGGUCAUUCUUCGAACAGUUUACCGUAGAGAUGUGCAGUCUGCAAUGGACAGAUAUACUGCAUUCUUAAAACAGAGUGGGAAAUUUCCUGGAAAUCCCUGGCCCCCCUAUAAGAAAAGGACAGCCCUUCAUCCCAGCUAUAAAGGUCUCAUAAGACUUUUGCACUGUAAAACUUUACACAUUGUGCUGUUCACUCUGCUUUACAAGAUUUUGAUGGAGCAUCAAAAUCUGUCGGAACAUGUCCUCUGCAUGGUUUUAUAUCUGAUUGAAUUAGGACUUGAAAGUUCUCCAGAGGAAGAGUCAGAUGAAGAGGCACCAGUGGGUGGACCAGAGCGUUGCCAUGACAGCUGGUUUCCUGGAAGUAAUUUAGUAUCGAACAUGCGACACUUUAUAAGUUAUGUUCGAGUCAGAGUCCCCGAGACAGCACCUGAGGUGAAGAGAGACUCACCUGCAAGUACUAGCUCUGAUAGCUUGGGCUCUUUACAAAAUUCUGGCACAGCUCAAGUUUUCAGCUUGGUAGCAGAGCGUCGAAAGAAAUUUCAGGAGAUCAUCAAUCGAAAUAGCAGUGAAGCAAAUCAGAUGGUUCGUCCCAAAACAUCCAGUAAAUGGUCUGCUUCCGGUUCAGCUCCACAGCUAACUACUGCCAUUUUGGAAAUCAAAGAAAGCAUAUUGUCUUUGCUAAUUAAACUUCAUCACAAACUCUCAGGAAAACAAAACUCCUACUAUCCACCUUGGCUAGAUAAUGUAGAAAUUUUAAUCCAACCAGAAAUUCCUAAAUACAAUCAUGGCGAUGGUAUCACUGCAGUAGAAAGAAUUUUACUGAAAGCUGCACUGCACAGCAAAAUGAACAAGCGCAUCAUUGAAGAGAUAUGUAGGAAGGUGACCCCUCCUGUGCCACCAAAAAAAACCCCUGCGGCAGAGAAGAAGACACUGGACAAAGAAGAAAGACGACAAAAGGCGCGAGAGAGACAGCAGAAAUUGCUUGCGGAGUUUGCUUCAAGACAGAAAAGCUUCAUGGAAACGGCAAUGGAUGUUGACUCUCCUGAGACUGAUAUUCCUAUGGAGAUAACCACAGCAGAGCCACAGGUGUCUGAGGCAAUAUAUGACUGUGUUAUUUGCGGACAGAGUGGCCCCUCCUCUGAAGACCGACCGACAGGAUUGGUGGUUCUGUUGCAAGCAUCUUCAGUUUUAGGGCAGUGCCGUGACAGCAUUGAGCCAAAAAAGCUGCCUGUCACUGAAGAGGAACAGAUUUACCCUUGGGACACUUGUGCUGCAGUUCAUGAUGUUAGGCUUUCUUUACUACAGCGUUAUUUUAAAGAUAGUUCCUGUCUCUUGGCAGUGUCAAUUGGUUGGGAAGGAGGUGUUUAUGUGCAAACCUGUGGCCACACAUUACAUAUAGACUGUCAUAAAUCUUACAUGGAAUCAUUACGGAAUGACCAGGUUCUUCAGGGCUUCUCAGUGGACAAAGGAGAAUUCACUUGUCCUCUCUGUAGGCAGUUUGCAAACAGUGUUCUUCCUUGUUAUCCUGGAAGCAAUAUGGAAAAUAUCCUGUGGCAACGUCCUGGUAACAAAAGCAUGCAGGAUCUCAUAAAGGAAGUGGGGGAGCUGCAGGGACGGCCCGGCGCUUUCACAUCAGAAACCAACUUAAGUAAAGAAAUGGAAUCUGUAAUGAAGGACAUCAAAAAUACCACUCAGAAGAAAUAUAGAGACUAUAGCAAGACCCCAGGCUCACCAGAUAACGAUUUUCUCUUUAUGUACUCUGUUGCUAGAACCAACUUGGAACUUGAAUUAACUCACCGUGGAGGCAAUUUGUGCUCUGGUGGUGCAAGCACAGGUGGCAAAAGGUCUUGUUUAAAUCAGUUGUUCCAUGUAUUAGCCUUGCACAUGCGGUUGUACAGCAUUGAUACUGAAUAUAAUCCCUGGAGAAAACUCACGCAAUUAAUAGAAGACCUGAAUUCACAGCUAGGGAAUGAAGAACACCUAGAGGUUCCAAUUCUUUAUCACGAUGUUACAUCACUUUUGCUCAUUCAGAUCUUAAUGAUGCCACAACCCUUACACAAAGACCACUUUACCUGCAUUGUGAAGGUGCUGUUUACACUGCUCUACACCCAGGCGCUCACAGCACUCUCCGUUAAUUGCAGCGAGGAAGACAGGGCAGCCUGGAAACAACUGGGGGCCCUCAAAAAGAAUACGUGUGAUGCUGAAAAGUCUUAUGAAGCGUUACUGAGCUUUGUGAUAAAUGAACUAUCUAAAGGAAAGUUAUUCCAUGAAGAAGGUACUCAGGAGUGUGCAACGGUUAACCCUACUGCUUGGUCUCCUGAGUCCAUGGAAAAAUACUUACAGGACUUCUGCUUACAUUUUUUGAGAAUCACCAGUCUUCUUCAACACCACCUUUUUGGAGAAGAUUUACCUAGCUGCCAGGAAGAAGAAGAAUGCUCGGUCCUUGCCGGCUGCCUGGGACUUCUGCCAGCACCUUACCCAACAGAACACCCAUUCGUCAGUGCCUCCUGUCUCAGUUGGCCACUUCCAGCAUUUGAUAUUAUAGCUCAGUGGUGUUCUGAGAUAAAUUCAUUUACGGAAAGGCAUGCAGAACAAGGAAAGGCAUUGCUUAUCCAAGAAUCAAGAUGGAAAUUGCCACACCUUCUACAAUUGCCUGAGAAUUACAACACCAUCUUUCAGUACUACCACAGGAAAACCUGCAGUGUCUGCACCAAAGUUCCUAAAGACCCUGCUGUUUGCCUUGUUUGUGGCACUUUCGUAUGCCUGAAAGGACUGUGCUGCAAGCAACAGAGUUACUGUGAAUGUGUGUUGCAUUCUCAGAAUUGUGGUGCUGGGACAGGGAUUUUCCUCUUGAUCAAUGCAUCAGUGAUUAUAAUCAUUCGAGGCCACCGCUUCUGCCUCUGGGGUUCCGUGUAUUUGGAUGCGCAUGGAGAGGAAGAUCGAGAUCUUAGGCGAGGCAAGCCUCUCUACAUUUGCCAGGAAAGAUACAAAGUUCUUGAACAGCAGUGGAUUUCGCACACCUUUGAUCACAUCAAUAAAAGAUGGGGUCCACAUUACAAUGGGCUGUGACUCACCACCUCAACAGUGCAUCAGAUCAUCAUUUUCAUUAAGAAUUUACUUUAUCAACAAUAAGCUUUAACUUAAUUUGGAGGGAUGAAUGCUUUUGCAGGAGGGGGAGAAAAAAAGAAAGCAUACAUUCUGAAGCUUUUCCAAAAUUAGGUGCUUGGUAACCACAUUAAUGGUAAAAUAAUUAACAAACAACAAAGUAUCUGGAAAGCCUAAGUAACAAGUGAAAUCAUUCUUUAGUGGUCAUUGUUUUAUAGUCCACAAUUAAUAAGAAGCACAACUUGUUCACAAAAUAAAUCACUUAGGAAUGGUUCUCCCACCCAUGCAUAUCAACUUUUCAUUGAGACUUUAGAGUGAGUGUGAUUUCUUUGACAUUUGACUGCUUCUCUAUAUCUGUGUGUUUAAUUUGCAUAUGAUAAACCAAUUGCAUCUUUUCCUCUGCCAUUCUUGUGUUGGUUUGAGAUUUUUGCUGUAUGUAAUUAGACAAAAUGUAAAACAUGAUUUAUGUGAAAUAUUGUAUAGUAAAAGUUGGUCUAAUAGUAGAACUUUGAAAUUUUUUCUUAUUGUGAGAAAUCUGUUAAAAGUUUAAGGCUUUGCUGAAAACUUAAUUCAUUCUCAGGAAUUUCACAAAUAUUCUCCCCAGGUAAAUAACUGAAAUAGCUGUAAAAUAGUAGAUAGCUGCUCUUAAUAUAAUACAGUACAUUUGGGGGGUGGCGGUGGGCCGGGGAUUCUUAAAAUUCAAAAUUUGCCAUUUCAGGUGGGUGAAUUAUCAAUUGUAGUAAUAAGUAGAUUUUCCCAUAAGAUCAAGCAUUUUAAGAGCAUACACAUGGACGAUUUGGCUCUGCAUACACAUCUCUCAUCACCAGCCCGGUGUGUGUUUACAUGAUUACAUUGGACAUGUGCAGACUUCCCCACGAAGGAAACAUCAUUUUGGAACUUUUCUGUCAGCUCAAGAAGUUCAACUAUGUUGUCUUUGUGCAAUGUAAUCAACUGUUAUUUCUGCUUGGUUUCCUAAAAGGGAAAAAGUCUCCGUGGUGACCUUCAUGAAUGAGCUAUGCAUCUGCAUUCUUCCAGAAACUGCUAUAAAAAGCAGUUUAUGGUUGUAGGGCUUUUAAGUCAGUAAACAUGGGAAUGAAUGAGCUAAAACCCACUCUGUGGGGAAGGGAAGACAGACUACAGAUAAAAACGUCUUAUAUAUUGCUACCAAGAUAUUUUUUCCAAGUGAUUCAACAAUUCGAUGAUGAUUUCAUAAUCUGAGCAAUUCCUGGAAUGUUGGAUUCUCUUGGCUUGUUAUGAUCAAUAACAUUUUUAUGUAUUAAAGUAAAAGACUUCUAAUGAUAAAUAUAAAACUAAAGGUAGAUCCAUGUUCCACAAAAUUCUUGAAUGACAUGACAUUACCAAAUAUGAAAAUGGACACUAAAUAACAGCUUAGCAUUAAAAUAGGGAAAGCCGAGCAGUACAUUUUCAAAUGUUCAAAACUGAAAUUUUCCCUGUAGCUCUACAAUAAAAUACAUGGAAAUAGCUUGCUAUUUUUAUAUACAUUUCCAAAAUAUUAAGAUAACUUUCUGUAAGACUAGACUAAUUGUUUGACUAAAUAGCCGUCCUUUUCAACACAUUGCUACUUUUUUAAACACUGUAUCAUAAGUUCAGCCUGUCAUGUUUUUUGCAUUGGUCAUUAUUAAUACCAGACCAUUUUGUAAGUGUGGUUGAAGAGCAAAAUGCUAAUUUACAUCUCCAGUAAAUUCUGUUACAGGAUUCAUGAACUUGUUUAAUUUUACAGUUUGAAACUCUGAUGCUAUAUAUACAUGAUAUAAUGUAUUCAGACUUUGAUUACUACAUAUUUAAAAUGGAAUGUUUUAUGGUUGUGCAUAUGGAUGUGAAGUGAAAAUAUUAGCCUUAACUUUAAAAUUUGGGUAUUUGAUAGUGUUUAUUUUGAUAUUGGUGAAUUAGUCACCAGUAAAUUUUUUUAAAAAGCACUUGGUUGAAAAUUGUACUUGAAUACAUACAUGCAUGCUGCUAAACUAGAACUUUAAUUUUUUCCCCAUAAUUUUUAUAAGUCCCAUUUAUAAGCCCACUUUUAAAAAAUAACAAGUCCAAGUUAGAGUGAUGUGUGUAUAUUAUUCAAAAAAAUGUACUGGUGUGAUAUCUUGUAUGACUGAUCAUUUAAAUACAGUACAUUACUGUAGAUGCUAAAUCAGUCUUUAUAAUUAAGCAGAAAUUACAAAACUAGGAAUAAUGAACAUUGUAAGAUAUGUUAAUAAAAACCUACUGUCA